CCGCCUCGCCUCCGUAUGGUUCGGCUUCUUCAACAUCUGGGCGCUCCGCGUCGCCGUCUUCUCCCAGACUGAGAUGACUGAAAUACAUGGUCGUACUUUUGGGGUCUGGACACUCCUAACCUGUACACUGUGUUUUCUGUGUGCAUUCAACCUAGAAAACAAGCCUCUAUAUAUAGCCACCUUCCUGUCAUUCAUCUAUGCUCUCGGUCACUUUCUCACGGAGUACUUGAUAUAUCAUACCAUGGCUGCAGCAAAUCUUAGCACUGUUGGCUUCUUUGCAGGGACAUCAAUUGUAUGGAUGCUGCUUCAGUGGAAUUCUCAUGGGGAUUCGCGUGGUUCCCAUGCUGUCAAGCAGUCGUGAGUGGCAUAUGCACACCAGGGGAAGGAGCCUCUCAGAUAUUUUCUGUUUAAUUUUUCCUACAGUUGCAUUGUUUUGGUUCCAACACUUGUUCUCUAUUCAUCUGUGGAAAUCUGAACUUUAUGAGCUGUAACAAACUAACACAUUUUUUGAGAGGGAUCAAUAUGAGCACUGAAAAAAAAACUUGUUUGUA